AAAGGUGCCUGUGGGCGGACUACAGAGCACCGUGGAGUCCCGGUGUUUUCAGCGGUUUUUACAUUUAAACUCAGCCGAGUAAAGGUGCCUGUUGGCGGACUACAGAGCACCGUGGAGUCCCGGUGUUUUCAGCGGCGGUUACAGUUACUGACGGAGCUGUUUGAGUGUGACACCUCAACAUGGAGCCUGACGACAGAAUCACACCGAGCCGCGAGAACUGCGUUUAUACCAGCUGUUACUGUGAGGAGAACGUCUGGAAGCUGUGUGAGUUUGUCAGAGCGGAGAGAACGGCACCGCUGGAACAUCUGUUUGUGGUUUUCAUCUCAAAUGAGAACAGAACGGUUCCUCUGUGGAAGCAGAAGUCUGGCCGAGGAGACCAGCCGGUGAUCUGGGACUACCACGUCAUCCUGCUGCAGGUGGGACCUCAGGUUUCUUCUUCUGUGGUGUAUGAUCUGGACUCUGAGCUGGAGUUUCCAUGUAGCCUGAAGCUGUACGCAGCCAAGGCUCUACGCUCAGACACACACAUCAGAGCCCAGUACCACAGGAAGUUGCGUGUGGUCCCCGCUGACAGCUUCCUGUUGAACUUUGCGUCUGACCGCUCUCACAUGAAGAACUCUGACGGGUCCUGGAAGAUGCCCCCCCGCCUUACCCCCCAUUCACACCUCAGAGAGUCAGAUGAACCUGAAUGACUUCAUCAGCAUGAGUCCUGCUGUCGGCUGGGGGGAGGUCUUCAGUCUGGACCGCUUCCUGCAGACACACCUGGCCCACUGAUGCAUUCUGGGAAGUCUUCAGUCUGGACUGUCACUGCCGAUACACACGGGGCCCACUGAUGCAUUCUGGGACAGUGAAGACAAGCCGUGGAAGCUGCUGCUGCUUCAUCAUAGUCCGUCCAGUCUCUCAGGCCACUGAUGCAUUCUGGGACAGGGGACUAAAUCUCUGGGUUGUUUACAUUUCUUUAAACCAAUCACAGCGCUAAAGAAAAGGUCUCUUCUUCUUCUGUUACUCCCAAACUAACUGAGGGGGGUGUUACUCACAGCAGCAGAUGGACUCUCCCAAACUAAAUAUCCCAGCUGGGG